AUGCUGGCGUCGUUUCGGGCUCAAAGGAAAAGCGAGCGUCUUGGAGAUUUGAAACCUCACGAAAUUUUCGUUUUUUCUCUUACAGGUUCAGAAGCAAAGAACAAGGUCAUAGAAGCCAAUAUCAAUGUCAAAGAAGUUCUGUUUGAUUUCUCGUCAAUGGACAGCAGAAACGUUUAUAGAGACAGCAGUGUCGAUGUUUGCGUCGAGUUCCAGCCACAAAUAAAGAGUGAGCUGUGUCAUGCUGUUUGGACGACCAAUCCACCGUAUGGAGUCUUUUCUUUGGAUAAAGAAAAAUUAAAUAUCGAAGGACAUCAAACUGAAUGCAGAAUCACCACUGACAACAACGGAGAAUGGACCUUCUGGAUUGAAGAAGUCAAUCCGGUUCGUUUCCUCAAUGCUCUCAAUGCUCACAUCCGCCACAUCUACUCAUUCCGCAGAGAAGUUUCGCUCAAAACUCACGUAUCGAAGAUGCUGUCGGUUCCGAUGACUGGAAAUAUUAGGAAAACUGAAAUUAUUGGAAAUGUGGUGGAACCUCAAAGAGUCGUACAGUAUCUCAAACACUUUCCGGACGUCGAAUUCUUAAAGCUCGAGUGUAGAUUCGAUGGAGUAUUUGAGGUGCCAAAUAUAAUGCUACGCACGGAAAGCCUCAUGAUCAUUCAACCGGCUCAGACACAUAUGAUGCGCAUUUUCCACUCGUUUGAGGGAAGACAUUUGUAUUACGAUGGAUCUCGCACACCAAUUGCACUAAUGAAUAAUUUAUUACUAGCUUGGAAAGCUGGAAAAAUGAGAAAUCUCAGUUCGAUGAUAAUGAAAGUUAACGUGCAGGUGGAAUAUACCCCCUGGAGGCUGCUUCAGGAUCUCGACGCUUAUCACUACAAUGAAGAACACAGACCACCACAAUUCCCCUACGAUUCUAUCAUCCAAGAACAUCUGGAUUUGCCAGAAGACUUCACCGAUUGCUCGAUUGCGUAUGAUUUCAGGCGUACUCGCGACAAUACAAUUGCAACUAUCUCGUUUGCUGGCGAGUAUAUGAUGUUCUUUGUCUGGAAUGAUAACUUCUAUUUGGGCAUAUUCUGA